UUAGCUUUAAGCUUUGUCUCAGGAGAGCUAAACAUUUUCAACCAUUGAUGCAAAAGUUGUCGUAUAAACACAGCUAUGGCUACUUUAAUUAAGUGCUCGGUCUACAUUCUGCACCAUAAUUGCAUACGGCAAAGCAAGUGGUUGUCGAAAUUUAUAUUGCUGCGCAUACACAUAGAAGUCUCUCUUUAAAAUUACCCCACUGUUGGAACUCGAUAUUCAGAUAGCAAUAUCCCAACUUGAUUGAAUACCUUGUCAAUAACUAAAACUUUAAUGUACAUAAAUACAUAAAUAUUUAAAUGAGCUUUUGAAAAAUACGAUUUUAUUCACGAAAUACAUAAACAAAGCAAUGAAAAAAUUGUGGUUGUCAAACUGCUAUCUUUCAUUUUCAAAAGCAGUUAAGUCAUUGCUACCCAUAAUAUAUUUCUGUCAAUAAAAGAACUAUAGAAUUAAAUUCGGGUGCUUACUUUUUAUACUUAAAUUAUUUGUAUGUGAUAAACGUAAAAAUAAUUUGUAUUUGUUCAUAUUUACAUUUAAAUACAUAUGAUUAUUUGACGUACCCAAUGAUAUUUGGCGUCUGUCAAUGUCAUAUAUGAGUAUGUAAGUAUGUAUGUGGAUCACAUGUAUUAAAGAUGUUCUGGGAAGCAUUGUGCCUAAUUUCUAAUAUUGUCAAUGUCAAAUCUACCUAACGAUGUGUUGUGAUUAAUAAAAAACAGUGAUCUGUCAGAACAUAUUAUUUUUGCAAAAAAUCUAUUUCAGGGAGGUAUAUUAUACAGCAAUUAGAAUAUUGCUCCUCAAAAUAUUUACUGACAAAAACAAAGUUUAAUUUCACAUUCAAUUUUAAAAAAGUCAGAAUGACAACAGAGAAAAAGAAGGUUCUUAUGGUUUGUUUAGGGAAUAUUUGCAGAUCACCUAUAGCUGAAGCCGUGUUUCAAAGUUCUGUGGAAAAAAUGGGUAAAACUAAUGAUUGGGUUGUAGACAGUGCAGCCAUUAUUGGCUAUCAUACAGGGAAUCGGCCUGAUGAAAGAGCAUUAAACGUUUUAAGAAGAAGAGGACAUGAUUAUAAAGGGAGAGCUCGACCAAUUUCAGAUAAUGAUUUUAAAACAUUUGAUUAUAUUUUCGGAAUGGACAAAGAAAACAUGUCUGAUUUAAAUGAAAUGAAACCUGAAUCAAGUAAAUCAAAGUUAUUAAUGCUCGGUAAUUAUGGUUUGCCAAAACAUGAAAAUAUUAUUGAAGAUCCUUAUUAUUAGGUGAAGCUGCCUUUGAGAAGGUUUAUGAUCAAUGUGAAAUUGCAUGCACUGAAUUCUUGAAACAAUUUUAUGAUACAAAAAGCAUAUAAAGAUUACAAUUUACUUUAAUAAAAAUGUGAUGUAUAUUUUAAAUUUUAUUUUCAUUAGAUAUUCCAUUAUAUAACAAAAUUUUGUUACGUAGUCUUUCAUAAAUAAAUUUCAAGCAUUGUAUACUUGGUUCCAAAGCCUAAAAUAUACAAACUUAAUAUUUCGUUAAAUCAAUUAUUUUCUGAUUGGUGGCUUACAGUGAUAACUGGAAUAAUGGGUUUUUGGUGGUAUACUUCCUUCUUUGUUCUUAUGAUUAAUAUAUAUUUAACACAUAGCUAAAAAUAAAAUCUUAAAUAUAUUCGAA